AUGAUCGCGGGCUCCGCUGGGGCAGCCGCCGAAUCGCUCCUCACAUACCCGUUCGAAUGCUACAAGGUCGGCCAGCAACUCCACAAAGCCCUCCCGCUUGAGCCACCAUUCCAGGUACCGUCGCAGAUAAAGCGGAUUUUCGCUGGUUCCGGUUCGUUGGUGCUCGGGAACUCGCUCAAGGCGUCCACGCGUUUCCUUGUGUACAACUACGCGUCCAAGUUCAUGGCCAACGACCACGGCAAGACCACUGCGCCGCGCGUGGUGGUUGCCGCGAGCAUGACUGGAAUCGUGGAGUCGCUCUGGAUCAUUCCGUUCGAGAACAUCAAGACGCUCAUGAUCCAUAACGCAUACAUUUUGUCCAUCCGAGACACGAUGGCUGCGAAAAACGGGGUCGAUGCCAGGACGUACACCGAGCAGAAAUUGGCGGAGUUGCUCGCGGAGCGCAAGCGUGCCCUUGCAAGCGCCGCACUGGCACAGUCCGGUGUGCGCAAAGUUGCCGACACGUUCACGGCGCUUGAGCAGGCGCAACUCAAGUGGUUCAAACUGCCGUCGCAGCACUUCACCAGCUCCAUCAAGGAGAUUUACGAGUGCCGCGGGGUCCGGGGAUUUCUCCAGGGCACAGGUGUAACCUUGCUCCGCCAGACGUGUAACACUGCCGUGUUUUUCUCGACGUAUCAGGGGCUUAAGCAGCUCAUUUCCCCUACAAGCAGUGCUGCGGGCGCAACUAACUCGCCGGUCAUGUCUGCCAUUUUGGGAGCGACAGCGGCGGCCGUUGUGGUUGCUGCUACACAGCCCAUUGACGUGGUCAAGACCCGUGUGCAGUCCAAGUACGGAUACCGCAACUCGAUCGAUGCGGGAUUGCAGCUUGUGCACCAGGAGGGGUUUGCGAAGCUCUGGGCGGGGUGGAUGCCGCGUCUUGUAAAGUUUUCGAUCAGUAGCGGGAUUACCGUGACGGUGUAUAACUAUGUGAGUGGGGCGUUGACGAUGGCGAGCAGGGAGACGCCAUUCGCGGCGGAUUAA